CUGCGAGCGCCAUACUUUGAGCGCGCAUCCACCUCCUCCCAGGCCGUCCGCCGCAUCUACGCUCUCCCAGAUUGGCUGCACGCCUGCUCCGCCAUCUGCACCAGCUGCUAGGCCGUCUGCUCUUCUCCGCGCAUUGCCUCUAGUUGCGAUCCGCCACCGCCGCUAUGGAUCAGCUUGGUAGUGACAUGCUUGUCGACCCGGACUUCGACGAGAAGAACGAUGUCGUCAACAUCUCCCCCGACGAUGCCAUGGAGGAUGUCGAAGCUGAGCCCGAGCCCCGCGCCGACGACUACGACGCCAUGAUGAAAAAGCACAUGCCCGAGCUACCCGACCAAGAAACCGAGGCUGAGGUUGUAAAUACAUGGGAAAUCAAAGGAUGGAGGUCUCUCGGCCGGCGGGAGCAAGGCCCAGUCUUCGAGUGUGCAGGCCAUCCGUGGCGCAUUCUCUUCUUCCCCUUUGGAAACAAUGUCGAUUUCGCUUCUUUCUACCUGGAGCAGGGCUUCGAGGACAAGAAGGUGCCAGAGGACUGGUAUGCUUGUGUGCAAUUCAUGCUGGUUCUGUGGAAUCCGAACGACCCGACAAUGCUGGUCCAGCAUCAGGCGACCCAUCGCUUCACGGCCGACGAAGGUGACUGGGGGUUCACACGAUUCGCAGAGCUACGGAAGCUUUAUGCUUCGCAAUGGGAGGACCGCAACCGCCCGAUGGUAGAGAACGAAUCCUGCAACGUCACCGCAUAUGUCAGGGUGCUGAAGGACCCAACCGGAGUCCUUUGGCACAACUUCAUAAACUACGACUCCAAGAAAGAGACUGGCAUGGUUGGUCUGAAGAACCAAGGGGCGACCUGCUACUUAAAUUCCCUUCUGCAGUCACUAUACUUCACCACUGCUUUCCGAAAAGCUGUAUACCAGAUUCCUACCGAAAAAGAGGCAGAACGUACCAACAGCGCCUAUGCUCUCCAACGACUAUUCUACCUUUUGCAGACCAGCCCUCUUGCAGUACCGACAAAUGAGCUCACGGCAUCCUUCGGCUGGGAUUCAAAACAGAUAUUCGAGCAACAGGACGUCCAGGAACUAUCCCGAGUUUUGAUGGACAAACUCGACGAGAAGAUGAAGGGUACAGAAGCCGAGGGUGCCCUUGAGAAGAUGUUUGUUGGCAAGAUGAAGACAUAUAUAAGGUGCAUCAACGUGGAUUAUGAGUCCUCGAGACUGGAAGAUUUCUGGGAUAUUCAACUCAACGUUAGUGGGAACAAAAACCUGGACGACAGCUUCAAAGACUACAUCCAAGUGGAGACCAUGGAUGGAGAAAACAAAUAUUUCGCCGAAGGUUUCGGUCUCCAGGACGCCAAGAAAGGCGUGCUAUUUGAGACCUUUCCUCAAGUCUUACACCUUCAGCUCAAACGCUUCGAGUACGACUUCAACAGAGAUGCCAUGAUGAAAGUCAACGACCGCUACGAAUUCCCCGAGGUCUGGGAUGCUUCGCCAUAUCUAUCUGAGCAAGCCGACCGUUCCGAGCCGUACAUAUAUCAUCUUCAUGGUGUGUUAGUGCAUAGCGGGGAUCUUAAUGCUGGACAUUACUACGCGUUCCUGAAGCCAGAGAAGAACGGCCAUUUCUACAAGUUCGAUGACGAUAGGGUGACCCGUGCGACACAGCGCGAGGCACUCGAAGAAAACUUUGGGGGUGAUUACCAGCCGCAAGUAAACGGUAAUGUGCAGUCACAACGCAAUCCAUAUACCCGGGCCUGGUCGAACAAGCGAUCGAUGAGCGCAUACAUGCUUGUAUAUAUUCGUGCAAGCCGUUCGGACAGCAUCUUGAUGCCAGACCAAAUUGUGGAACCUCCCCCUCACCUACCCCAAAAGUAUGCCGAGGAACGAGUGAUUCUAGAAAAGAAGCGCAAAGAGCGCGAAGAAGCACACCUUUUCAUGGAAAUACAAGUUGGAUCGGAGGAAAACUUCAAAGCUUAUCAGGGAUUCGAUAUUGUUCCAUGGAAAUCUGACGACUCUUCCGCCCUUCCAAAAUCUUAUCGAAUACGGCGGACGACGACGGUGGCGGAGUUUGCCAAAGUUGUAGCAGAUGAUCUUGAUGUUGAUGCUGACAUGCUCCGUCCGUGGGUUAUGGUCAAUCGGCAGAAUGGAACCGUUCGUCCUGAUGUCCCCAUCACAUUUCCAGACAUGAGCGUCGAAGAGGCUUCAAGCAAGUAUGGAAACAAAACCUCCAACUUCAGGCUGUGGAUGGAAAAGGCCGAUGGCAGGGAUGGCGAAGGCAAUGCUGUCUUCAAAGAAAAAUCAGUCGACAUACGCAAUGCGCAGAGCAACCGACCACUGAUGCUGUUCUUGAAACACUUCGACGUUGAUGCCCAGACUCUGUAUGGUGUCGGCAACUUCUACGCAGCGUUCCAGGAUCGGGUCUGCGAUUUGUCCCCAGCGAUUCUCAAGAUGAUGUCUUGGCCUUCUGGCACACAAUUCAAAUUAUACGAGGAAAUCAAGCAAAACAUGAUAGAGCCAAUGAAACCAAAGGCUACGCUCGCGGGAUCCGAGAUACAAGAUGGCGAUAUCAUCACCGUCCAGAAGACAUUGUCUGAAAAAGAGACACAGCAAGUUACGGCCACGGGAGGCUAUACGGAUGCCAAAGAAUUCUACGACUAUCUACUAAACCGGAUCAACGUCGAAUUCGUUCCAAAGUUCCUCUCCGACCCGGAAGAGGAGACUUUCACCUUGGCCUUAAGCAAGAAAAUGACGUACGAUCAGCUUUGUGCCAAAGUGGGCGAAAGACUCUCGAUCGAUCCGACUCAUCUGCGAUUCACGACCGUCAAUGCGUCUGGGAGGCCAAAACAGGCCAUCAAGUACAACGUUGGCAGCCUUCUUGGCACAAUCCUCCAACCGUCUACUUAUCAUUAUACCGGUAACGUGAUGCAAAAAGCAGAUGCGUUGUUCUAUGAAACCUUGGAUAUGAGUCUCAAGGAGUUGGAGUCAAGAAAGAUGGUUCGAGUAACGUGGCUUCCGGAAGGUCUAUCUAAAGAGGAGAUAUAUGACUUGAUGAUUCCACGCACAGGCGUUGUUCAAGAUGUCCUGGAUUCGUUGCAGAAGAAAGCUAACAUCAGCGACGAAUUGAUGCCUAAAGUCAAGCUCUACGACGCGCACAGCAGCAAGUUCUACAAAUACCUGUCUUCGGACUAUAGCAUCUUGGGCAUUGGCGAAUUCUUCUCGCUAUAUGCUGAUUGUUUUCCCGAAGACGAUUCGCCCAAGAAGAUUUCAGUGUUCCAUUUCGACAAGGAGCCCAGCAAAACGCACGGCAUUCCUUUCCAAUUCCCUAUUAAAGAAGGCGAAGUGUUCAAGGACACGAAAGUGCGACUCUCCGAGUUCACACACAUCAAGGGCAAGCAGUUUGAGAAAAUCAGAUUCGCACUAGUCGGACGACCUCACUACUCCAAACCCGAAUUCCUCGAAGAUGAUGAUGUACUAUUCGAUUUGCUAGGAAGUCGAGACGAGUACGCUCUGGGUCUCGACCACGUGAACAAGGCGAGGAACAACUGGAACAAGUCGGAUUCUAUCUUUAUCCGAUGAUAGACCCAUCUCUGAUGCAUAUCUGAAUGCGAUCGACAGUGGUGCAAGGCGGCUUGAGUUUACUGUUUCGGCGUUGCGGAGCACAUAGCGGGCGCUGAUGUUAAUGACGACACGGGCUCAGCUGGCUUUCCAUGCAUAGACGGCGUUUUUCCAAGCGCACCCUUUUGGUAGAGCGAAGGACCCAGUCGACAGGUGUUGCUAUGCGGUGGCAGAGGAUAUCAGGUAGACUGCGAACUGGCGUACUUGGCUUAGCGGGAGCGGGAGGCGUCAUAUCUGCUAAGUCACGAGUAACAAUAUGUAUACUGAAAAGCAUGCUUCUUCAAAGUCUACUUUUCACAUGUGCU